CAAAUUGUACGAGAAACGGAGAAAGCCCUUCCGACUUAUGUUGAUAUAUAAAACCCUAAAACGCCUUCGGGAGGCUAGAGAUAGAGGUGAGGCCCUCCUUCGCUGCGACGUCCACCGAUCUGUCUCUCUCCACUUCUACUCUCUCUCUCUAAUGGUUAAACCCAAUAGAUAACCUGUCUAACAACACCACCAAGACAAAUUAAAAAAUGUACUGCAUAAGCGCUAGAUUUUACCCAAAAUCCCUGAUGAGACUUGUUUCUUGUACCAAAAUUCUGCACCGUUCUCUCUGUGCCACUGCUGCAACUGAGACUCGAACGCAGAAGCUCGAGAGGAUCGCCGACGAGCUUCUCGACCUCAAUAAGCUCGAAAGGCACGAUUACUCAAUUCUGUUUAGGCUUAAACUAGGGUUGAACAAGUAUGGGCCGGCAAUCUCCGGCCUUGAUUCAUCGGCUUCUGCGGCAGCAGGAGGUGGGUCUGCAGCAGCCGAUGCGAAGGCGGUGGAGAAGACUGUUUUCGAUAUAAAGCUCGAGAAGUUUGACGCGGCAGCCAAGAUCAAGAUCAUCAAGGAGGUUAGGACUUUUACGGAUUUGGGGUUGAAGGAAGCGAAGGAUUUAGUGGAGAAGGCGCCGGUUGUUUUGAAGAAGGGAAUCACCAAGGAGGAGGCAAUUCCCAUUAUUGAGAAACUUAAGGAGAUAGGUGCUACAGUUGUAUUAGAAUAGGAAAAGUUCUGUUUGUCCAUCUUUGUUUCUCCUUUUAAGAUGUAGAAUAACGAUUAUCUUUGAUUAAGGAAUGGCAAUUGAGUUUUAGUUAUAUUGAA